AUGGCGACUGUAGCAGACGUUACCUACUUAAAUAAUGUGUUGAAGAGACUUACAAAAGAAGAUCUAAUUUCAAUUAUCGUGACCAAGGCUGUCCCAGUAAUAAACACUACGGGGAUAAAGGUCAUUGACCCCGAAGUAGAUCCACCUAAAACCAAAAAAGACUUUGAAGGGCAAAGAGAAAUGGUAUCAAAAAUGCUGAAACAACUUGAGGAUCGAGUGGAAGAGCAAUCUGAGGUAAUCAAACACUUAAUUUCGCAAAAUAUUUGCAAAAGUGAGGUUAAGGUUGCACCGCCUUCUUCUUCUUCUUCAACAAAAACCAAUGAUAAGGUUGACAAUAAAGGAAUAUUAAAAAGUAGUUCCAGUGUCCCAAAUAAAUCUGGCAACGCCGCUGAUAACCUAGACGAGAAGCCAGCUGUCAAAACAAAAAAUCAAAAUGAGUCUAAAAGCAAACAAAACACCAUAAAAGGAACUGCACUAACUUCAGAAGAGGAUGAAUUUAAAGCGACGACAAAAAAACUUGGCUAUACAUUGGCAGGGCCCAACCAAAUACAUGCGAGCCUAUUGGAAUCAGUCCUGAAGCCUGAGGUUUGGCCGCAAAAUCUAAUCGUACGCAAGUACACAUUUCGAAGGCAAAGAGAAUUUGAACUCAUAACGAAUAAAAUCGACACCAUUGAUCUUAUCCUAAAAGAACAAAAUAUAUCAAUAGCAUGUAUAACUGAACACUGGCUAAAUCCAGAACAAAUAAAAAGUUUAACUCUAAGAAAUUAUAACAUAGCAAGCCAAUACUCAAGAACAAAUUUCAAGAAUGGUGGUGUAUUAUUAUUUGCAGAGAAAUAUAUGGAAUCAGAAGAAUUAAACGAGAUCAGAGACCUAUCGCAAGACAGACAUAUAGAACUAGCUGCAGCUGCAUUUAAAAAGUACAAUUUAGUAAUAGUAGGUUUAUAUAGAUCUCCCCUUGGAAACCUUGCUUUAUUCAUGGAAAAAAUAAACGAAGUACUAAAUUACCUAACUAACAAAUAUGAAAACUGCAAUAUAUAUAUUUUAGGGGAUUUUAAUUUAAAUUGCCUAAUCAAAUCCAAAGAAUAUAUGGAGUUAGAAAACAUUAUCACCACCUUUGGAAUGCAAUUUCUAAUAAAUGAACCAUCAAGAACCACAAUGGCCAAAUUGUAG